AUGCUCAGACGCCUCACUGGUUCGGUGCUCAGGUAUGAUCCCGAGAUGCACGGUCAUAAACUGGAUCGGCCUGCAUACUGUUACCAGCAAAUACCCACCAAAAAUGGAGACACUCUCACAACCCGAAUGUUGACUUUGCAUCCAGGCAACAGGCAGGACCCAUUACGAGGACAUCUUGACAUCCUCACGAUUGGUGCUGGUGGGUCAAGCGUCGACUAUGAGGCUCUCUCCUAUCAUUGGGGCUCUCCAGCCCUGUCUGCUGCCAUAUACAUGGGCGAUGAAGAAGCCGAGCUCUUGAUUACCGAAUCACUUAAAAAAGCCCUGGUCGGCCUCAGGAGCCAGACAAGCACUCGCAAGCUCUGGGUCGAUGCGGUUUGCAUCCAUCAAAAAGAUAUCGACGAGAGGACUAAUCAAGUGCGACAAAUGCAUCGAGUCUACCAAUCGGCAUACAAUGUGAUUAUUUGGCUGUGUCGCCCGUUGGAUCGUUCACGGGGCUGGGACCCUGCGCUUGCAUUUCGACUUAUUCAUCGGUACCAUGAACUUGCCAUCAGACAACCAGAUCUUGAUGUGCAAAAAUUAUCGUGGAGUGGAAGGAUCUCAUGGCUCCGUUCUCAUGGACUUUUACCACCAAUCACCCACCAGGGAGUUGUCAGCGAUUUAUUUCAUUGCACAUGGUUCGAACGAGCGUGGGUGGUGCAAGAAAUCAGUUGUUCCCGCAAAGCCACCAUAGUCUGUGAUGAUGGAUCUGGGAUUGACUACGACCAAUUCGCCAUCGGCCUUAAGUUUGCAGUAGAAAAACAACUUCUCGCCGCUGACUCUCCUUCAGGAUUCGCAACCAUCGACAGGGGCUACAGGAAGCCAGGAAACUGGUCGUCAGCGUUGCAGAUGUAUGCUAUAAAAAGCCAAGAUCCGAGUACAAGCAAAGGUCUGCUUGAGUAUCUCCAGCGCUUUGCCGGAUCACAAUGCUCUGAUCCCCGAGACAAACUUUUUUCAUUGUAUGGUAUAUCUGAACUUCCAGCUCAGGCCGAACUAAAGACUUAUUUUGAAGCUAGUGGGUUAAUCCCAGACUAUAGAAAGGAUGUCACCGAAGUGUACACGGCUGCGGCUCGGGCUUGUCUAACUACUGGAAGCCUAGACAUUCUGUCUCAGCCAUGCCUCAGGCCAAACAGACACCCUGGCCUUCCCUCAUGGGUUGCUGACUGGUCUGCAUUCAAAGGGUCCGAGAGCCUUGGCUCACUAGCUGCCACUGGUAAGUACAAUGCAAGCAAAGACUCCCUGGCGAGUGUAAGACUCCCUUCACUUGAACGGUGCGAAAUAGAGGCGUUUACAUUUGGCACAAUCGAGGAUGUCGUCGUUGAUCUACGGCUCCGCAGCAUUGUCGUCAACCUCCCCUAUACAUCUCAGCCUCUGCAUCUCACCUUUGUCCAUGGCAAGUGGACAUCGUCACUCAAAGACUGGAAAAGGAAACACUUCGGAGACGCAGGCUAUCACACAGGAGAAGGCUUCCAAGACGUUGGUUGGGCCUGCUUCUCAGCCACCCGUCUCGCUUAUGAGUCGCAAUGGUUCCGUACCAGACUGCAGACAAGAAACUACAGAACUGAUGACGAAGUACGCGAUGUCAUUAGACGGUACAUAGAAGUUGUAUCGCAAGCAAAUGGCGUUGCCACUUACCUCAAACCCAGACGUUUAGUGAAAAUAUUAAUGAUGGGCAUCGAGCUGAUCCGCGCAGUUCGAGACGGACCAUACGAUGAGCAAAUAGCUCGUGAACGAAACAUCCUCGUCACUGACAAAGGAUACGUGGGCAUCGGACCAUUCAAUACCUCCAAGGGUGAUAGAGUCGUGCUUGCAAAGGGAAGCAAAGUUCCCCUGGUGCUCAGACGAAGGACAACCGAGGCAGCGGAAGAGCUCUACGAGCUGGUCGGCGACGCUUAUGUUCAUGGCAUCAUGCAGGGUGAGGCCUUCGACGAGACGAAAUGCAGCCCAGUGGCUCUUGCAUGA